GUGGGCAUGGCGCUGUGCGGGCUGCUGCGCCGCCUCCCCGGCCGCCGCGGCGGGAGGACGCUGGCCACCGGCCGCCCGCGCCCAGGUCCCGCUAAUGUGAAGCCCCUGGAAGAUGUGAAAAUUCUAGAUCUAACAAGAGUGCUGGCUGGACCUUUUGCCACUAUGAAUCUAGGAGACCUCGGAGCGGAAGUUAUUAAAGUGGAAAGACCAGGAUCUGGAGAUGACACGCGGACCUGGGGACCCCCCUUCGUGGGGACAGAAAGCACUUAUUUUCUCAGCGUCAACCGCAAUAAAAAGAGUAUAGCCAUCGAUAUUAAAGAUCCAAGUGGAGUGAAGAUUGUCAAAGAGCUUGCAGCUGCCUGUGAUGUAUUGGUGGAAAACUACGUCCCUGGCAAGCUGCUUGAAAUGGGCCUGGGAUAUGAAGAUAUCAACAAGGUGGCUCCUCAUAUCGUCUACUGUUCCAUAACAGGCUACGGUCAGACCGGUCCAAUGUCUCAGCGGGCCGGUUACGAUGCCGUCGCAUCUGCUGUUUCUGGCCUGAUGCACAUCACGGGGCCCGAGGAUGGCGAUCCAGUUCGGCCAGGGGUAGCUAUGACAGAUCUUGCUACUGGGCUGUAUGCUUACGGAGCCAUCAUGGCAGGGUUGCUGCAAAAAUAUAAGACCGGGAAAGGCCUGCAUAUUGAUUGCAAUCUGCUGUCAUCUCAGGUGGCAUGUCUGACCCAGGUAGCAGCUAAUUACCUCAUUGCAAGGAAGGAAGCGAGGCGCUGGGGCACUGCUCAUGGAAGUAUUGUUCCUUACCAGGCCUUCAGGACUAAGGACGGCUACCUUGUGGUGGGAGCAGGGAAUGACCAACAGUUCGCCGUCGUGUGCAAGAUCCUGAGUUUACCUGAAUUGAUUGAUGAUGCCAGAUUCAAAACUAACCAACUUCGGGUCCAGAAUAGGAAAGAGCUUAUUGGAAUAUUAUCAGCACGGUUUGCGGAAGGAAUGACCACCAAAUGGCUCCAUCUCUUUGAAGGGAGCGGGAUUCCAUAUGGUCCAAUUAACAGCAUGCAGAGUGUGUUCGCCGAGCCCCAGGUAUUGCAUAAUGGACUGGUAAUGGAAAUGGAUCAUCCAACUGUGGGGAAGAUAGCGGUCCCAGGGCCAGCUGUCCGAUACAGCCAGUUCCCGAUGUCGGAGCCGAGACCUCCUCCUCUCCUGGGGCAGCACACCGAGGAGAUCCUGAGGAAUACCCUCGGCUAUGACGACAGCGCCGUGGCCGACCUCCUCCGCCGCGGGGUAGUGGAGCAGCACGAGGUUAAGUGAGGAGCCGUCAUUUCCGCUGCUCCUCAUGACGGCCGGCUGCACGUUCGUGGCGGGAGGCGGUCUUCCGUGCCCUUUGACCCACAUGCCGAUCCCCGAUUUGAGGGGGAAGGAAUCGGGGCUCCCGUUUUUAAACGCCAACAUUUCAAAGACUGGAAGCGUCUAAAAGCAGAUUCCCAUAUGUGUAAUGAUUUAUUUUUUUCUUUUCCUGGUAAAUGUACUGCUCGUACUAAUUAUGUUAAUUGCUUGAAUGUUUGUCUCCACGAAGGCGCACGCUGAAUGAAAAAGAGCAGAGCCCUGUGACACUUGUUCGCGGUGCUGUCCAUAUGCUCAUAAAGCCCUUGUUUAAGCCAUUGUUAUGAAAUCAAAGCAAUAAGCAAAAUGACAGUGUUUGUGAUUGAUUUUAAACAGAAUAACUUAAUUUUAAGCUCAUGAACCCUUUGUUAAUCCACAAUUUCAACCGUGAACUUUACCGUUGUCCAGUGUAAAACCGAGUUCCAUUCUCAUGCUUCACUGUGUAAAUAUUUGCUUUACAUUACAUUAGAGGGAUGAUCCAGGAGUGGCUCGUGGAGAGUAGAUGCCUUCGGUCACACUUCUUUUCUGCAGGAUCAAACGGAGGCAGGGUUCAGAGUCAAGUGCAGAGGGAACAUUUUCAACCUGAUCGAAUGGAUCCAGCUGUUGUAGUCAAGGUGACCUCAGGUACUCAGUGGUAUGUAGAAAUGGCCCGGGAAUUGGGGGAGAGAGGGGUGGGGAGGUGUGAAGAAAAUACCCCUCUUCUCCACCAGUGCGUUCGGUGGCCCCCAGCCUCAGCUGGUUCGAAAAGCGUCAUGCCGUAAACUUCGAGCACAUUAUCUACGAGGAAAGUAAACACAGUCUUGGAAGGCUCAAAAAUGCCAUCUGUGUGCCUUUGGAGGGAAGCGGUUUCCCACUGUUGAAGAGUAAUAACAAGAAGCAACGUGGCUCAGUGGAAAGAGCCCGGGCCUGGGAGCGGGGAGACUUGCGUUCUAAUCCCAGUUCUGCCACUUGCCUACUGUGUGACCUUGGGCAAGACACUUAUCCUCUCAGGGCCUCAGUUUUGUCUUCUGUAACAGCAGGGAUAAGAUACUUAUUCCUCUUUCCCUCUUAGUCGGCGAGCCCAAGCAGGAUUGGGACUCUGUCCUAUCGACUUGUAUUCUUAGUACCCUUAGUACAAUGUUUGGCACAUAGUAAGCACUGGAUAAGUGCCACCGUUGUCAUUUAAGGUAGUGAUGGUGCUUUUGGAGGACCUGUUCGGUGUAAUGUAUUCUACAAAGCGCUUGGGACUCUAGACUCUGAGCUCGUUGAGGACAGGGAAUGUGUCUAUUUAUUGUUAUAAUGUACAAGUGUUUAAUAUGGUGCUUUGCACACAGUAAGGGCUCAAAAAAUAUGAUUGAAUGAAUGAAUAAAUUGGAAAGGACAACAAGAGGCAUAGAACACGUCCCUUCCCCCCAGGAGGUUACACUCUAAAGGAGGAGUUCCAUUACACAAUAAAACUGUUGCGAGAAGCGAGUCCGACUUGGUUCCGACUGAUGUCCAGCCAUCUCCAAUGUUUCUCCUGAGUUUGGAUCCCGGGCUAGUGAUCUUUAACCUUAUUCCCAGUUGAGCAGACCACAUUUGCUGUAGUUAAGCCUCAAUUCACUACUCUCCGUUACCUUAUGAAAAAAUAGAUGUUAUCACGUAAUAAAGCUGCCGAGGGUAUUUUUAUAUCAGAUUUUCACAUUUCAGAUUCAGUGGUUUGGGUUCAGCUGUUUUGUUGUUUUGGGCAAAUUUUUUUUACACUAAUGAUUUUUUUCCCUGGGGUUAGAGCUCAACAGCGACCAUGCUAAAGGCCUAAUAAAAACUGAUAAAUCCCUAAUGGCAGCUAGAGUGGAUGAGAAUUGCCUCCAGAUUUCACUAGUGUUUGUAAUGUUUAAUCAGUCUCCACUGUGUGCGGAACCUUGAAAAAGCGUUUGGGAAAUACACUGCCAGUAAGAGACUGCUUUUGCUCUGAAAUAAUUUGCAAUAGCUUAUGUAGUUAUGUAUGACCCUAAAUUGUAAAUGUGUCUCUAGACUGUAAACUCACUGUGGGCAGGGAAUGUAUCUACCAAUUCUGUUGUAUUGUACUCUCCCAAGUGCUUAAUACAGUAUUCUGUACAUAAUAAGUGCUUAAUAAAUGCUAUUGAUUGAUAGAU